CCUUUCAGCCUCUAAACCUCACUCCUGUCCUAUUCCUAUUCCCAGUCUGUCGGUGGACACGGGGGUUGUGUCAGUUACUCCCUCGGGGACCGUGGAGGAGAAUGCUACUGAUCCACCCAACCCUGUAGGCCACAGCACAGCUUCCCUCUCCAUUUUUACAUAGCCGUGCUGCAGGUGAAAAGAGGACGGGGAUACAGCACUACUCGAGUUCAAAAUGGCAGACAAGGAUAGCGUGGAGAAAUACCUGGAGAACAACCCGCAGUUCGCCAAAGAAUACUUUGAUAAGAAGUUGCGCGCCGAAGCGCUGACCGCCGCCUUUUCUGCAACUGUUGACGUCAAAGACACCGCUUCCUUCAAGGAUGUUAACUCUGUGCAAGAAUCUGCCAUCAUCUUCGAGCUGGUCCAGGAGUUGCAGAAACAGGGAGAGAUGGAGGAGUCCCUUCACAAAGUGUUUCAGAGAGUUGCCCUGAUCUUACAGGCCGACCGGGUCAGUUUUUACGCAUGCAGGGCGAGAAACGGAAUACCUGAGCUCGCCUCUUGCCUCUUUGACGUGACUCCAACAUCCAAAUACGAGGUGAACAGGGUUCAUCCGCAGGCUGAAAUUGUGUUCCCUCUCGAUAUGGGUGUCGUCGGUUUCACUGCACAUUCCAAAAAGCCACAAAACGUUCCUGACGUCUCAAAGAAUCAAAAGUUCUGUGACUUUGUGGACAAACAGACUGGAUACAAGACUAAAUGCAUGCUCACUUUCCCUCUGGUUGCUGACAAAGAGUGCCUUGGAGUCUGCAUGGCACUAAACAAAAUAGGAGCUGAUGCGUUCACUGAUCAGGAUGUGCUUCUCUUCCACAAGUACAUGAACUUUGCCCAAGUCAUCGCCCUGCAGCAUUACACAAACUACAUGUUCAAUGUGGAGUCCAGAAGGAGUCAGGUGCUGCUGUGGUCGGCCAGUAAAGUUUUUGAGGAGUUGACAGACAUUGAGAGACAGUUUCACAAAGCGCUCUACACUGUAAGGAUCUAUCUAAAUUGUGAACGAUACUCAGUGGGCCUGCUGGACAUGACCAAAGAGAAGGAAUUCUAUGAUGAAUGGCCAGUGAAACUGGGAGAUGUGGAACCCUAUAAAGGACCAAAAACACCAGACGGCAGGGAAAUCAUCUUUUACAAGAUCAUUGACUACCUCCUGGAAGGCAAAGAAGAAAUCAAAGUCAUACCUGGUCCACCUGCAGAUCACUGGGCUCUAGUUAGCGGCCUACCGACCUACGUUGCAGAGAAUGGCUUUAUCUGCAACAUGAUGAACGUGGCUGCAGAUGAUUUUUUCACGUUCCAGAAAGAGCCUGUGGAUGACACAGGUUUUGUCAUCAAGAACGUCUUGUCGCUGCCCAUUGUCAACAAGAAGGAAGAAAUUGUGGGCAUCGCCACCUUCUUCAACCGGAAAGAUGGCAAGCCAUUUGAUGAACACGAUGAACAGAUCACUGAGGCCCUAACUCAGUUCUUGGGUUGGUCAGUGCUGGUCUGCGACACCUAUGACAGGCUGAACCGUGUGGAGUACAGGAGAGAAAUCGCCCAGGAGAUGCUCAUGUACCAGACCAAGUGCACCACAGAUGAGCUGCAGUCCAUUCUGAACACCAAAGACAAGUUUGACGCAGACCCCGAAGACUGCGACCCGAAAGAAAUGUACAAACUGUUGAGAGCAACCUGCCCGCCAGCUGACAACGUCAACGGAGAGAAUCUGUACCUGUUCUCCUUCAGUGACUUCCCCGUAUCAGAGUUCGACCUCAUCAAAGCUGGCAUUCGCAUGUUCUUUGAGCUCGGAGUUGUUGAAAAGUUUAAAGUUCCUCCAGAUACAUUGACCAGGUGGAUGUACACCGUGAGGAAGGGUUACCGUUCCAUCACCUACCACAACUGGAGGCACGGCUUCAACGUAGGCCACACCAUGUUCUGCCUGCUGCAGACAGGGAAGCUGAGGAAGUACUACUCCGAUCUAGAUGCCUUUGCCAUGGUAGCUGCUGCUUUCUGCCACGAUAUUGACCACAGAGGGACCAACAACCUCUACCAGACAAAGCAAGUCAAAAUAUGUUAUUGUGUGUGUGGAGGACGUGCGUGCAUGUGUGCGAGUGCACAUCCUCUAGCUAAACUUCAUGGCUCUUCCAUCAUGGAGAGACACCAUUUGGAGUACAGCAAGACGUUAAUGGGUGAAGAGGCGCUGAACAUCUUCUGCAACCUCCAGAAGCGUCAGUUUGAGCAUGUGCAGCACUUGUUUGAUGUCUGCAUCAUCGCCACUGAUCUGGCCCUUUACUUCAAAAAGAGAACCAUGUUCCAAAACAUCGUGAAUGCCACAGAGCCGAUGCCAGAAGAAAAGCAGGCCAUUGAAUAUAUUUCCAACAACCCCGUCAGGAAGGAAAUCGUGAUGGCCAUGAUGAUGACAGGUUGUGACUUGUCAGCUAUCACCAAACCCUGGGAAGUACAGAGCAAGGUGGCUCUGAUGGUCGCUGCUGAAUUCUGGGAACAGGGAGAUUUGGAGAGAUCUGUUUUGGACCAACAACCAAUUCCCAUGAUGGACAGAAACUGUGCCGAACAACUACCCAAGAUGCAGUGUGGUUUCAUCGACUUUGUGUGCUCAUUUGUGUACAAGGAGUUCUCCAGGUUCCACAAAGAGAUCACGCCCAUGUUUGACGGUCUGAACAACAACAGGGCACACUGGAACGAGCAGGCUGAGGUAUACAACGCAAAGAUGAAGGCCAUUGAGGAUCAGAAGAAGAAACUGGAAGAAGAUGAAGCCAAGAAAGCUGGAGGCGACGGAAAGUCAAAAACCUGCAUCAUCUGCUAAAUUCCUUCGAUGCUUGGAUCUGGACUGAUGCGGUCUGGUUAGGAGUAAUCUAGGCUACGCUAGCCUAUUCUGGUCUGACAACUAGUCUAGUUGGGGCUUGACUAGGCAAGCUUGGUCCGGUCUGAUCUACACCAUCGUAGUUCUCUCUGGUUAGGGGCUGUCCAGGCCUGUUUGGUCUGGUCUGGUUCAGUCUAGCCUACUUUAGUCUAGUGUAGUCAGGUCUGGUCUGCAGUCCAGUCUGCAGUCCACCUAACUAUUCUCCAAGGAUCGAAGAGUCAGAAACAAGAAGAAGUAAUGUUGGGACUCUGACUGCAAGAGAAGCCUUUUUGACUCAGAAGACGUGAUGCAUUUGAAACUUCCUCCUUCCACACAGCCAUGAACUUUAAAAACAUAUAUACAUGGACAACAUAGAUUUCCGUUUAACAUAGCAAUAAUCCAAACGCUCAUGACAUGUAUGGUUUAAUCCAUGGUUGGAUAAGCUCAGAUGCUGUAAGCAAAUGUUCCAAGUCUUCAGUAUAAAUAGUUUAACUAGGUGACAGCAUGUGCUGCAUGUGGGGUGUAUACAUGCCAAAGCAAUAGUUUUCUCACAGUUCCUUUUGGCAGUCAGUAAUAACCACACAGUAUAGUAUAUAUAUAUAUAGUUGUGUACGUAGUGCACAAUGCACUCAACUCAGCUGCUGCUGUUUUGGCAGCGGCAGCGGCAGGCCAUGCGUGAGUAUGGGUGGGCAGGGUCAAGGAUCAGAGGAAUUGGGUUAAAAGUCUGUUUUGGCUAAGAGUUCAAAUAGCAUGAGUUGUGGAAUUAUUUUCUUGAACACGAGAGCAGGAAUCUGCGAUCUGAAGGGUCUGUUAAUGCUGUAUGACAACUCUUUGAAACUCAGAUGCAGCGUGUGACAGCGUGCAAUCAACAAGGGCUGAUGUCCCUUACCUCAAAAGGCGCUGAUGAGUUGUGUGAGGGUAUAUUUAUUUUAAUAUGCAAUCUAUCUAUAUAGAAAUAUUUUUUUGGAAUUUUUCAUCUGACAAUUUUGUACUUAAAACAGUCUUCACGGAUGGAGAGUUUGAGACGAGCUUGGGCGUUCGGGAACUGUGAACAAAUGCACGCUAAAAUCACAUGCAGGCAUCGAGAAAAUGUGUUGAAUUUGUGCAACUUUAUUGUCAGCUUUGAAAAACACCUGUAAGCUGUUGUCCUUGUGUCCAACGACCUGGAAAAAUAACUAAAUUAAAAAAAAGUAACAUGCAUUGUAUUUACACCAGUGUUUAGAGCAAAUUUACAAUUCCAUAUCGAUUCAAAAACGUCUUUUAAACAUGCAUGAUUUUACAUGUAUAUAGUAUAUUACAUAGAAAUUGUAAAAUGUAAAUUGUGUAAACUUAAAAAUAACUAAUAAUUGAUUUGAAGGAUGUACAGUAAAAGCAACCUUUGCUUCUUGUAAGGAGUCACAGUCAGUCAAACAGGGAACAGUAGAUCACCUCUCUUGUAAGAAGAUUGGAUAGGAUUUGAUCUGAUUGCCAGCCAGCGUUUGAGAUCCACACCGAUUAGACUUUAAAUACCCUUCUUACAGAAGAGGUAAAGCAGGCUACUAAAGCCUUCUAUGUAUAUGCAGACGACUUGUGUUUCAAAUGUGGCAGAUGCAGCUAUAGCAUCAUUGAUUUUAUGGUGGUACAGGCCAAAGUCUCCUUCCCUGAUGCAACAGUGAAUCACGCAAUAACUGCUGUUUGAUGUCCUGUCAGUGUGAAUCUCCAUGUAAACCUGAAUAGGACUUGAUCUGAUCAGGCAUCUUUUUUGCCACCCCCUCAACUUCCUGUUACACAAUGUCAUCUCCUCUAAUCAACAGCGCAUCACUCAAAGGCAUUUAAUCCUAUCCAAAUGGCUUUGGGACUACUUGGAAACUUCUUUUCUGCUGCUUUGAGGUGUAGUUAGGAGCUGUUGUGGUCACUGGAGGCAAAACUGUGCAAACACAUUUACUGUUUAAGUGAUGUGUUUUAUUUAUUUGACCAUGCAUUUACCUCAUUCCUCGUUCCUGCUGUACACAUUUUAUAUGAAUGGUUUCACCACCAGUUCUGUCUCCAGUGAUAAGAAUGAGCCCCCUUUUUUGAGAUAUCAAAUAAUGCACUGUAUACUUUCUACUUCCCAUCAACUGUCUUUCAGACAUUAGAAAUCUAUCAUUUGACGUAUGAG